AUGUCGAUCAGCGAAGCGUUGGAGUGCUGCGCGCUCGUGAGCAUCCACGAGGAGAUGAAUCCUAGCAAGCGCAGAUCCAUGGAAGACGCUCUUCGUGUUGUGGACGCAUUCGGCGGUAACCCACGCCAUGGAUUCUUUGGACUCUUCGACGGACACGGAGGGCGAGAGAUUUCGGCGUAUCUGCAGGAAAACUUGCACAUAGCAGUAGAGAACGAACUUACUCAUCUCGACAAUGACAAGGACGGCUCCGUCGACGUUGAAACCUGCAUUAAAUGCGCGUUUGUUGUGGCGGACAUGGACUGCUGUGAAUUGCCUGAAGCCGAAAAUGCUGGGUCGACUGCUGCGAUUGCACUACUUCGCGACGAAGGCAACCACCGCAUCCUGUAUGCUGCUAACGUUGGGGACAGCCGGAUAGUGCUGUGUCGCAAUGGCACUGCUGAGCGCGUGACACAGGAUCACAAGGCAGAGUUGCAUUCUGAAGCCGUUCGCGUGUGCGAUUCAGGCGGGUUUGUCAUCCACAACAGGGUGUCUGGCGUUCUGGCGGUCUCAAGAUCAUUUGGUGACAGUUCGCUCAAGAAGUGGGUCAUCGCACAACCAUACACAUCCAAGUCCAUCUUAGACGGAUCAUGCGCCUUCUUUAUCCUUGCAUGUGACGGCGUGUGGGACGAACUCGAAGAUCAAGCGGCCGUAGACCUGGUCUUGGCCUUGUCCGAACCCGACCGAGCACAAGCUGCCGAGGUCCUCGUCGGCGCCGCCCUGGAGGAAGGCAGCUGCGACAACAUAUCUGCCAUCGUCGUGUUCUUGUAG